AAAGAAAUCUAGAAAUGAAUGGAGAAAUAAAGUUAAGAAAUUAUAAAGAAUUAUUAAUAUUGUGUUCAUUAAUAACGAGUUUAUAAAGAAAGAGCAGAUUGGAUAUAUAAAUUCAAUGAUAAAUUGAAAGAGGAUCAUAAAUCAACUUAAAAGAAAGAGUGAGCAUAUUAUUGUAUUUCUUAAGGGAAACUAUAUAGAUAAGAAGUACAGUAGCAAAAGGAAUAAAGCGAUUAUUUCUAUUGUAAUUAUGUACAAUCUUUUUUGACAAAGAUAACUAAAAAUUAUUAUGGGGAUUACACAAGAUUAAAUUCCUGAAUGAUGCUUAAUACAAUAUAUAAGUAUCAGAUGAAGAUUAAUUGGCAACUGGACUAGGUUAUUUAGGAUUGUUGUUAUAACAAAAAGCAAAGAUAAAAGGAGUAGUAUUGAAACAUGAAUUUAUAUAAUAUAAUUAAAAUCAAUGGAAUGGAAUUGAAAUUGCAUAAAAAAAUGGCAGAUUUUUCAGAAAGAAUUGA